AUGGCAAUUUUUAAAAAAUAUCGUUUCCGAGAAAAUAAAAUAAAUUUUUUAUUUUUUAUUAAAAUAUUUUUAUUUUCUCUUUUCAUAUGGGAAUUAUGUUGUUUUAAUAAGGAAAAGUUCGAAGAUAAUAUUCUGAGGAGUUGUUAUAAUAAGAACAAUACUUCAGAAAAUAUUUUUCGUUUAGUAAUUAAGAGAAAUCUAGCGCAAUCUCAAAGAAAUUUCAAAUCAAAAAAUGGAAAGGCAUCUACUAAGAAAUCUGAAGAUUAUUAUUCCAUAUUAGGUGUUAGUAGAGAUUGUACGAAUGAGGAAUUAAAGAAGGCAUAUAAAAGAUUAGCUAUGAAGUGGCAUCCUGAUAAACACUUAAAUGAAGCAUCAAAAAAAGAAGCAGAUCAUAUGUUUAAAAGUAUAUCUGAAGCUUACGAAGUUUUAUCAAAUGAAGAAAAGAGAGAAAUAUAUGAUAUAUAUGGUGAAGAAGGAUUAGAUAAAUAUUGUUUUAAUAAUGAACAUUCAAAAGGUUUUAAAAGCUCUGAUGCACAUGAUGUUUUUAGUAAAUUUUUUAAAACCGAAACAAAAUUUUAUUCUAAUUCACCAACAGCAAAUGGAAAUGUACACUUUGGAGGUUCAAUAUUUGGAGGAUCUUCUCCAUUUAGUGGUAUGAACCCAAGAAAUGGUUCAGGAUAUACUACUUCAAAAAGUUUUAGUAGCUUAGACAAAGUAGAAGAAUAUUUUGUACCACUUUACGUAACGCUAGAAGAAUUAUAUAAUGGAUGUAAGAAGAAAUUAAAAGUGACAAGAAAAAGAUGUCAAGGAGUAACAACAUAUGAUGAUGAGUUUUUAGUAACUGUUGAUAUAAAAAAUGGAUGGUAUGAUGGUACAACAAUUACGUAUAAAGGAGAAGGUGACCAGACAAGUCCUAUGUCAAAUCCAGGAGAUUUAGUUUUUACGUUAAAAACGGUAGAUCAUGAUCGUUUUGUAAGGAGUUAUAAUGAUUUAAUAUAUACAUGUCCUAUAACUUUAGAACAAGCUCUAACAGGUCAUAAAUUUACAAUUCAAACCUUAGAUGAUAGAGAUAUUGAUAUUCAAGUAGAUGAAAUUGUUACACCUCUUACUACAAAAAUUAUAACUAAUGAAGGAAUGCCAUAUAUGGAUAAUCCCCAAAUGAAAGGAAAUUUGAUUGUUGAAUUUGAUAUAAUAUUUCCAAACGAUUUAAAUGAUGAACAGAAAAGUCUUAUAAAAAAAGCACUAGGACAAAAUGAUUUUUAA